GAUUCAGGUGCGGUUUCCAAAAAUUUUGGCACUUAGUUAAUAUAGCCGGUCGAAGAUCAUGGCUACAGGAGGGUUAGACGCAGCAGGAUUCGUUGCUGUUGAACCGAAGAGAGACUGCCCGCACGUUCAGGUUUGAACUGAAAGCGUUAUAUAUUUGUUAAGCGCUUCGAAGAUCUGAUCACAGAAAUCUUCAGGGUUGACAGAGUUAGAACCGCGCGCUUUAAGUCGUCGAUCUCUAUUUGUUCGGUUUGGUGAAAAAUUAACGUGUCUCAACGAGCGGAAACGCUCGCCCUUGCUCGAGAAUAUGCAUGCCAAACAUAUUCAUAGAGUAAGUUCGAUUAUCGCAGUUUACUGUUCGUGUUUGUGAACAGGGUAAAUCUGUCGUUUGGUCUUAAUGGGAGGAUCGAUGGAACAGAGAUGAUACGGAGAACCGAUUAAGCUCAUGGCAAAAUCUGCCCUCUAAAAAUAUUCAAAUAUAGCUUAUGGGACUUUACGUUCAACAAAUAUUCCUCUGAUCUAACGCAGUCAGUUGUUAAGAUUUGACAUUUUGCAUUUUGUCCAGCUGUUUAACUCAAACAAUCAAUAAUUUAAUUUAUUUUAAGUCUCUGUCUUUCUUCACAUUGGCUAAGACUAGUGGUCAAGAGCCUUCAGUCAAUCUUGGAAGUCAGUGUGCCCCAGUGGUUGCCUCUGAGCAGAUCAUGAUCAUGACUGAAUAUUCUGGGGGUCACUCCUACAUUGCAUUAUUUCUGAGUGCAACAUCAUUUUCAUGAGUGGCAAGUGGCAUCUUUUCACACAGGAAAAAAGUGCAAUGAGCCAGCGACUGCCAAAGUUCUGCCAGCUACUUGAUAACAUGUUGGGGAUUCCUCUGGUCUAAAUGACCAUUUUUAUAGUCACCUACUUUUGGAGAGUAUGAUGCCUAUUUAGAAACAUAUUGAAACCCCUGACUGAGGAGUACAUGAAGGUAUUGGUGAACUGUCAGGGAAGGCUAGUGAAUUUCUGGCUGGGAAGUGAGUGACGCAGGGGGGUAGGAUAACAUGUUGGGAGAGUCAAAAAUUUACUGGUGGUUGUUUCAUAUCUUAGGAACAGGCUAAGGUCUGGCUAAAUAACAUUUGACUGUUCGCCAAUGCAAGGAUAACAAAGUUUCCUCAGCAAAACUCACUUCUUGAUACUAGCACAUUAAAUUGACAUUUGAAUUGUUUGUCUUUCUCUUAUAGUCAUUAACAAGUGUAUCAUCACUCCAAGUUGACUUGUCCAAGCCGUGUGGGACAUGCAGUAAUGUUGGCGAGAACUGGUUAUGUCUUGUAUGCUCCUCUGUCUUCUGCAGUCGUUAUGUCAACUGUCACAUGGUGGAUCACAAUUCUGAAUCAGGACACCCAGUGGUUUUGAGUUUCAGUGAUGUGAGUGUGUGGUGCUAUGGCUGUGACUCAUGUAAGUGAUAAAUGAUCAUUUAAUGUUUUAAUUUCUAUUAUUAAUAUUAUGAUAAUGAUUAUUAUUACCAUUAUUUUUUAAAUUAUGUCUGACUGUCCAGGUAAGAGUAGUCCUGGAAAAGAAAAUGCCAUUUUACAGUUGUGUACUGAGUCACCAAGCAUUUAAUUUGGAGUGAGGCUGAAGGUGACCUUGUUGUAAUGGAGACCAGUGUCUAGUUAGCAUGAUAACAAAGUAAUUUACAGAUGAAAAGCAGCAAGGUUUGUAUCAUAACAAGGUCACCCUUAGCUCACUCCUGUUCAAAUGCUUGGCAACCAAGCACACAACUGUAAAAUGGACUAUUCUGUCAGACACAAUAACUAACAUUUUUACAACCAAGCAGACUUGUCACAGGAAGAUGAGGAUAGCACAGUGGUGAGAAUUUUCAACUCCCACUGCUGUGGCUUUGAUUUUGAUAACUGGACUUGGGCCACGUAAGGGUUGAGUUUGAUGUUGCUUCUCAUCCUUACUCUGAGAAUUUUAUCCUAGGAUUUACCACCUUCCUUCAUCCACAAAACUAAACAUUGCCUAGACACUGAUCAGAGUCUUAGUCAAUAGAUACACCUUAUCUGAUGGCUUGACAUGGUAAUAUGCAUGGAUAUUUUUGGGAGUUGCAUGGUAUUUUCAUCAGCUCUUUAAGGUUAAGGAAAAAUUCAAGCAACAAGCAAAUUGUCCACUUGUUUUACAUGUUAAACCAUAAUUGAAUAGUGGGAUUAUAAUUCCACUAUUAUUUCAUUUAGUUGCCCCACUUUCCCUCAUCCUAAUGUAUUAUGUGUUUAACCAUAAAAUACGAGAUUUAUCGUUCUCCUAUUAUUUGAUUUUGUUGCUCCACUUUUCAUCUGUAUUUUUGCCUUCUUCCACAUCCUAAUACUGCUACAUAUUUUGAGCAUUUGGUUGCCAUAGUAUGGUGAAAUGGCAUGGUAGUUAUUAUAAGUAUAAUGUGGUCUAUAAGUCAAAGAUAUUAAGCUAAAAUUUAAAAAAAUCUAAAAUUUAAAAAACAAUACAAUUCUUAUUGAAUAUAAUUUCUUGCAGAUGUUGCCUCUCCACUGCUUCAACCAAUAAUAAAAGCUGCGCAGCUAUCCAAGUUUGGCAAGUGAAGAUAUAGUAGUCUCCUCCACAAGGAGCAGUCCAUGUGCUCUCUUCGAAAACCAAGUUCUAAGUUGGCAAGUUAUUGUUGCUGUUUUGAGAUUGACAGAUUCUAUCUGGCUUAUUCAUAUCUAGAUAUGAGUUAUAUUUAUUUAUUUAAGUCAACGAUGAUACCAGAUAGUGUCACUUCAAUAAGUUUUCAUUAGUAAAGUAUGCAGUUCUCCCUUAAAGAGGAAACAAUUGAAAUGUCUCUAUACAUGUGGAGAUAUAAAAGGACGACAUCUUGUUGACUGAGGCUUACACUGAUGAAGCUUGCAUUACAGGUGUCCUAUAAGGGCAGGUGUUACAAUCUCACAAUUGCUCAUCCAAAUGGCCAUGUUUGAUAUAAAGUUAAAGUGGACAGUGGGGAGGGGGCAGGAAUAGAUGAGCUCCAGCACCCCUCCCCUCUCCUUCCUUUUGAACACUGCUUACCCCUUAAGAACAGACUACUUUCUCUUGUUAGCCUUACACUAUUGCAAAAUCAAAUUUUCAGCUAAAGAAUACUGAGCACUUGCUCAUUAAGGCUGCUCUGCAGGCCAAUACUGAUGUGAAUCUCCAUUCUUUUAAGAUUCAGCCUGUUUAACUUCCCACAAGGAAGUGAAAAUACGACUAAUUGAAAACGAACCAUUUAUUUCAUUGAGGUAUUUGUACUGUGCUCAAAUCUAUUAAAACAGUCAAAAGUUCCAAUGAUGGGAACACUUGGAAAUCUAGUAAACCACUUACUCGCGCUCGAAACGAGACUUUGCGAAGUGGACGUUGUUGCUGAUUUAACGUGAAAUCAGAAAAACGGGCCACUUGCAAAAGACUGAAUGAGGCAAAAUGAAAGUGGAAAACGGUCACAAAACAAAGCUCCUAACUUUACUCAAAGCUAGCACAAGAGGCGGUAAGAAAUCUUAUCGCCAGUGGUUUUUCGUGCGCUUCAUGAAAGCAAAAGUAACGGAGCCUCAAAACUAUCUCUUUUUUUUCUGAUUCCUCUCGUGGCUUUGUUGCUGAAAACUCUCAACGUAAAGCCAGCUACUCAGUAAGUAAGAUUUAAAUUAAAGAGAUUAUACAAUUAAGUUACACUUUUGUUUCAGUACAUUUAAAGAGCGGCUUUCUUCAAACUGCUUCCCAUGCAUUGAACUAUUGAAUGACGAAGCUAAGAGCUGUUAUGCUCUGUUUCCUAUAAGGGAUUCUUAGCUGACUGUGUAUCCAACUUGAAAUAGAAGGCCUUCGAACGCAAAAUUGUGGUAAAUCUUGCUCUGUGCGAACGCAAUGUUGUAUGCCUGCAAGCUCUUUUAGCUAAGGUCUUUUACCUACUUUUUUUCAAAUACUUAAAAAAUGGACUUCAACCGAAUCUUAAAGAACCGUCGAUAAUAAAGGAAUGCGCA